AUGGGCGAUUGCUCUUGGGAACUGUCAGAUUAUGAGAUCCUGGCAGAAAUUGGCCAGUGCGCCUAUGGAAAAGUGUACAAGGCCCGAGAGGUCCGUGACCGGCAGCGCCUCGUCGCGGUGAAGCGACUCAACAUCUCCGAGGACCCGGAGACUGGCAUCCCUCAGUUCAUGAUACCAGAGGUGGCACUUCUGCGGAAAUUAGAGCAUUACAACCACCCAAACAUAGUCAAGCUGCUGAAUGUCUCGGCUGGAUGGCAGAACCAGAUCUUUGACCUGACAUUGGUAUUUGAGUACAUUGAUCAGGAUCUGUCCACAUUUCUCAGCAGAGCAUCAGAGAAGGGCCUGGCCAGGGACACGAUCAAGGAUGUAAUGCGUCAGCUGUUUAGUGGACUUGACUUUCUCCACACUAACACCGUCAUUCACCGGGACCUGAAGCCAGACAAUGUUCUUGUGAGCAGUCAGGGAGAGAUCAAGAUUGCAGAUUUUGGUCUGGCCAAGAUCUAUACGAACCAUAUCGCCCUCACCCCAUGUGUUGUGACUCUGUGGUACAGUGCUCCUGAGGUCCUGCUUCACUCGAGUUACAUGUCUUCAGUUGAUAUUUGGAGCGCUGGUUGCAUCUUUGCAGAGCUCUUUUUGUUAAGGCCUUUAUUUCACGAAUGCACAGAGAUCCAACAGCUGCAAAAGAUUUUUGAAGUUAUCGGUGUGCCAGGUGAGAAGGACUGGCCUAUAGAAAGUGCUGUCUGCUACAAUCCUUCCUGGGCUGGGAAAAAGCCAACAACACAACUUCUUCCCAACCUGUCUCAUGAAGAGAAUGACUUACUCUCUCAAUGUCUGGGAUUCAAUCCCGCUCAUCGCAUCUCUGCCUGCAGUGCUUUGGCCCACCCUUUCCUGACAUGCCCCUAAUGUCAGCACAUAAAGGGGCGGGGUCACAGAGAGAGAUAGGCUCCCCCUACCAAGUCAGGAUGAUAAGAUGAGAUAAAGAAGAGGUGGUGUCACUGAUUUGGAUCUUUAACAAGUUAGGCUGUAGUACAUUAAGGACAGUUAUGUUUUAAGAUCUUUCAGAUGAAUUAGCAAAAAUAUACAUUUUUUUGUAUUGAAGAAGUGCACUUUAGCCCUUAGCACUGAUAUAAUUGUUUUACUUUUUGUUAAUAGAUGAUAUCAAGAAUUUAGGGGCUGUUUUGUUUUCUGUUUCUACUGAUAAUAGCACUAAUAGUCAAUGAUUGCUUCACACAUGUCCUUUGACUGAGGUGUAUAAUAAUGAAUUGUUGCAGCAAAUGGUUGUUUAAUUUCAACGGGUACGUUUAAUGUCUUUUCAAUGAGUUCUUAUUGUAAGUUAGUGCGUUUUUUGCCAUGAUUUGUAAAGUGACAAGUGUUUGUUUUUAAGGCAAUCUAUGUUUUGAGUUCUGAGACAAAAUUGCUUUGUUUGUGUUCGGUGUGUCUCUUUGAAGAAUCUAAGGAAAACUCAAAGAAAACAAAGAAAAAAAUAUG